GAUUGGACUUGAUAUCUUCGUCACGCUUUACGCACCACGCGCAUCUUCUGCUGCGCACACGCAGGACGGCCGCCCCACGCCGCGGCCAUCGAACAGCGAGAGGGGAUGCAACAAUUGAAGCGUCGUGUCUUUUGACUGAAACUCUCCCACGGACCUGCGUGGACCUUACACGCUCGGCGCCGCGCUUUACGAACGCGCCUUCGUCUGCACCGUGGGGGGGUGGUGGGGGGGUGGAGUGGUGCGUGGGGCGUCAAUCACGUGGCAACAUCCAGCUCGCCUCUUUGCAACGUGAUCCUCCCCCCCCCCCACUCUCACUAAAAAAAAAAAACACGGGAUCCACGGCAGGAAGUUGGAGACUUUCCCGCGCCACUUUGGUCCUCCUCCCCUGCCAAGUGCCUCGAUCGGCGAAUUCCUCCAGGAUACUACCCUUUCACAAAAAGACGCGCCCGGCUUUUAUUCUUCAAAGUGGGUCACCUCCUGCGUGGACGCGUGCGGCACACACAGGAGUUCACCGUCGGGCUGCCGGACGUGAGUGCACCCCGGGGCUCUGACGUAUACCAGAUCCCCGCCCGCGGGGGACGGCCGAGAUUAAAACCGGUGAUUGCGGCGGCGAGUGGACGGAAGGAAUCGAAGGCAGAAGAAAAACACCGCUUAUCUUUCACCUUUGUUCUUGGCCCCAUGAAAGAUCUGCGCAGGUUGAAAAAAGCCAAACGUUGGUGGAGAUGAUGGAGUGAGGGAGGAAGUGGAGACAUGAGAGGACGCCGUUCCUGUGCCAGCUGCUUGGAGAGCAAUUAACCCCGCGGCCAGCGUCAGCCGAGGACCGGCUUCUAUUCUGUGACGGGUUUGGCGCCAUCAUGUUUCAGAGCUCGCCUCGCAGGGCUCUUCUCCUGCUGCUGCUCCUCCACGGCUCCCUCGAGGCCUCUCAGGCCGCCAAAGCCAAAGGUCCGGGCCAUACGCACCUCAACUCCAUCCGCAUCGAUGGCGACAUAUCCCUGGGCGGACUCUUCCCGGUGCACGCCAGGGGCCACGACGGCAAGCCCUGCGGCGAGCUGAAGAAGGAGAAGGGCAUCCACCGCCUGGAGGCCAUGCUCUUCGCCCUGGACCGCAUCAACAAUGACAACAACCUGCUGCCCAACAUCACGCUGGGGGCCCGGAUCCUGGACACCUGCUCCCGGGACACCCACGCUCUGGAGCAGUCGCUCACCUUCGUGCAGGCGCUGAUCGAGAAGGACGGCACCGACGUCAAGUGUCUGGGCGGCGGGGCGCCCAUCAUCACCAAACCGGAGCGGGUGGUGGGGGUGAUCGGAGCCUCUUCCAGCUCCGUGUCCAUCAUGGUGGCAAACAUACUGCGGCUGUUCAAGGUAAGGGCGAACAAACCUUUCCUACAAAUGUCGCUGAUAUUUGGUGUGUCCUACGAACUUCUGACAAUGAUGUGGAUCCUCGUAAAACAGGAUUACUUUGUAUCUUUGGUAAAAUGGUAA